AUGACUGUCUACAUAAUUUCAAGAAAACCAGCCACGCACACGCCACGCAAGUUAUUGAGGAAGGAUGUAGACUGGAAAGUGAGUCAGGAAGCUUUGGACUACUCUUAUUCUCAUAAAGGAAAUGAACAAUCAAACUUGCAAAAGCGGAAGGAAGAAGAGAUAAAGCUACUCCAUAAUGAAGAGAAUGAAAAAAGAAAUAAAACCGAUGGGGAAGAGAGUGAUAACGGAGAUUUUAGCACUGAGAGCAUAACUGAGAACAACUCUGCUUCUGAGUCUUCAGAAGAGCUAAUACAGGGUUACUCUUUUGGAGAAAUAUGGCAAGAUCUUCUCUCACCUGAGCUACAGAGAAAUUCACUGGGAGAUAUUCAACCUUUUGCUACUAGUAGCAGAAAUACAAAUUCAUCAUGUUCACACUAUAAUGUCAAUUUGACCCAAGCUAUUAGCCAUGAUGUCAGUCUUCGUGAAGCUAUGUUUCUGAGCUCAAACCACAGCACAAGGAUAAAUCCAGAAAUGAGAAGCAUACAAAGACAAGAGCCUUUUCUACAAUUAAAUUCUAGCAUCACAAAUCAUGAAUCACUGCUUAAUGGGACAAGUUUGAUGGGGCUGUUUCCAUCUGUUGACAUCAGGAAUCUAACAAACCAGGAUCAUCUAACAAAUCUUGAUGAAAAUAUAUUUGAUGAGAUAAAUGCAAUGUCAUUAGCUUUGGAGGAAGGUUUUGAUCAUAUGGAAAUCUCCCAACUCUUUGGAGAACUAGACUCUGAGUCUGGACUUUCUAUAAAUUCUAACCACAGCACCGCCUUUUCAAAUAAUUCUGAUUCAUCAGCUUCUUCAGGCUGCAGUGAAGGUGCUGUUGGUUAUAGCAGUGAUGCUAGAUCUAUUUCCCAUGAUGUCUUAGGAGCUGUAGGGGGUCAUUUCCCAGAAUCAAGUAAAUAUUCCCCUAUGGAUUAUCAAAGAGAUUUAGACUAUUUGGGGAAAUCAACACUCCAACAACUUCUUCAUAAUCACACUUACAAUCAGCUGCCAAAUCAAUUAACAACCACUUCUGAGCAUUGUUCCUUGUUGCCUGGAAAACCAGAUGAAGAAAAAGGCAGAUGCCACAACAGUUCAGAUGCAAAUCUUAGUCGAAAUCUUAGUUGUGACGAGCACCAUGCAAAAGCCCUGAGAAUUCCAUUUUCCAUAGAUGAAAUUGUGAGCAUGCCUGUUGAUUUGUUCAAUAGCAUGCUAUCAACGUACUACCUGACAGAUUCCCAAAUAUCACUUAUACGUGACAUAAGGAGAAGAGGAAAAAACAAAGUUGCUGCACAGAACUGCCGCAAACGUAAGCUAGAUGUGAUCCUGAACUUGGAAGAAGAUGUUUGCAACCUUCAAACACAAAAGGCGAACCUUAAGAAGGAGAGAACUCAGUGCAAUAAAUCAAUUAGCCUUAUGAAGCAAAAACUGCGUGACCUUUAUCAUGACAUUUUCAGUAGGUUAAGAGAUGACCAAGGUAGACCUGUUAACCCGAGCCAGUAUGCUAUUCAUUGCAGUAGUGAUGGCAGUGUUUUCAUAAUACCCAGGAGACUAGUCAAAUCUGAACAUAAACAAGAUGAGCAAAACAACAGAAACAAAAAAAAGUGAUGUUAAUUUAAGCAAAUUGUUCAGGACAUCAUUUUAAAGGGGGGUAGUGAAAACAUAGGCAUUAACACUGGAGACCAGAAAUGCUUAUAGUAAUAUAAAAACAGCAACCUGGAUAAAACUAAUCUUCCUAGACUUGAGAAGGUGGCCCUUGUGUUUAACAAUUAAGGAAGAUUUUAUAUAUAAAUCUUCCUUAAGAAGCUACAACAAUUCAAACCUUCCAAUUUAGACUGAGCAGUUGAACUUCACGUACAGCCAGAGUUACUUGAGGAUAUCAGGUCACCAGUGGAAGCAUAACCUAGUGUGGAUUUUUUACUCUUAAUGGAGUCUGUGCUCAGCAUUGGCAAAUACUGUGUUUAUGGGCACAUAUGGAUAAAGAGUAAUAUGGAGCAUUCAGGGUCUAAAAGUUAAUUCAUAGUUGAAACUAGGAAUACUAUUUUCUUGAAGAAAAUUUGAAAUAAAGCAAAAAAAAGUUAAACUGGAGAUCAAAGCUGUAAAUAGAGGGUUGGAAUUUUAUUUUCACUCUAAAUGCCUGACUCUUGAAAUGUAAAGCAACCUUAGAUUUUGAUUUAGUCUAUUAGCACUGGAACAAAAAUCUUAGCCUUGCAAAUGUUCAUCUUUUAGUUUGAAUUCAUUAAGGUUUUGUUUUUAAUUUAUGCAUCUUUUUUUUUCCUUUUUGUGGAAGUAAGUUAUGCUUGUGUAUUUCUUCAAAAAUUCUCUCUUCCCUAGUUUUCUGAAGGGGCUCUGGAGGCUUAUAUACUAAUUUAUAUACACAUACAUUUAUAAUGAUAGUUUCAAACACAUUUAAUACUUAACGUUGCCAUUUUUUCUCCAAGUACACCCAGACAUACAGUUUGCACUAAAUUCAGUACUGUUACACCAGCCUUCUGUUUAAAGCUGAAGGAAUGCAAUGGUGAAUCAGUUAUUUUCUGCGAUUUGUGUUCCAGCCUUGUGUUGUACUUCUAGUGUGGCAUUUCUCAGUCUCAAUAAGUUGACCCUUCUCCAUUUUCUCCAAGGGAAAAUUACAUAAGAAAAGUAAGUUUUAGAUUGUGCAUUUUAUUUUUAUUGAUCUUUUUGUAAGCACCUUUACCUUUUUUAAUCAGAUUCUUUUUUGAAGUGGAUUUGCUAAUAAGAAUCCUUUUUCAAUUUUCUUUUUCAAAGUUACAUUUUUCAAGUCUUCCAGUUUAAACAAACUACUAAAUUAUUUGUCUUACAUUUAUAGCAGCAAGAUCACAAUGCAUUUGGUGGUAGCAUUGUAUAUGAUUACAUGGCUUAGAUAUUCUAGCUUUAGCCUUUGAUGUGGAUUUAUUUGUGCUAUAAGAAUAAGUGCCAAAAGUAUUUACCUCUUUAUUUGCAAUGGAUCACAUGUUCAAAUUCUGACCUGAAAGAUCUGCAGAAUGAUGGCUUCUAAGAAAAGCAGGUAUGCAAUAUUAAGAUAGGGAAUUAAACCAAAAAACUGUGGUAAUGUACAAUACCACCAUUAGCUCUACCAGAUAACAGCAUAAAGACACUUGGUAUCUUUUAUAAUACAAAAUACUACAAAAAUAUAGUAUUAAAUUUUAUAAUACAAAAAAAAAAAAGGUAUCUUGCAUCAGGAUUGUCACACAAGAGCUUUAUGUCCAGGCACUCAAAAAAGUACUGUGGUAAGCCCAUGUUAAAUUUCCUUUAUUGCAUCAAUCAGCAGUGUUGAAUUUUCUGAACUUAUGUUUACAGUGAUUUAGAACAGCAGAUACAAUGUUAUCCAUUCAUAAUUUGUAAAAUCAUGUACUGUUUGCUUGAUAAUGCAAAAUGUAUUCUUAAUUGUUGUGAUCAAGAAAUUAGAUUCCUAUUAAUAUUUUUUUCAAAAUGCAUUUGUACAUACAAAGAUUUCUUGAAUUUGUGUCCAUGUCAUUUCUAAAUAACCUUUCCACAUUUCUAGAAACACUGGAUUAAAUUUGCAUACGUACUAACUGAACUGUUCCUUCAGAUGCUGUCUAACAUUUUCUGGUUUUAGAGAUCACUCGUAAUGGUUAGUAUAUAGAAGGAAUUCUUUGGAUCACUGGCCUUUUUUUUUUUUUUUUUUUUUUUUUUUAAAGCCACCAAAGCUUUUAUAUAUUCUGGUUUAUAAAAUAAGCUCAGAUCCUACAGGUUUUUGAAUGUAGUAGGCCUGUGCGAAGCAGCAGGUAUUCACUUCAGAUUUGGCCAAUUUGAAGGGACAGUGAUUCAAUUUGGUGAUUCAAAUCACUGUCCCGAUUUGAUUUGGCUAAUUCAG